AUGCCGCCUCGUCCGCUUGCGUCUGCGCCUGCGCUGCACCCUGCUGAAACGGUAGACCUGUCUUCGAGGACACGGCAAACACCAGUCGGUCUGAUUGAUUGCGUCUUGACGGAUCCUCGCGGCCCUCCAUCUACCGAAAAGCUCCUUACCCUGAGCGCAAUCAAUUCAAGCGUGUCGCACGCCCAGACCCCGGAUGACGCAUCGAGCCACUUUCGACAUCUCCUCGGAGCACACAACGACGAGGAGAGACACACGAUACUGAGAGGCAUCGCCAAUGAAUCGCCGACGCUGGCACGCCUGAGCCGAGACGCUUCACAACUGCGCCCCCGCGAACAAAUCGACAGGGACAGGCGGGAACAGGCUGAGAAGAAGAAGCAGUCUGACGCCGUGUGGCUUGACGCCGAAUGGGGUGGAAAAGGCUGGAUUCCUCUUGAUGUUCGAGCUGGGCUGUCCACGGUCGGCCUCGACGAACCCAGUGGUGACGUCGAAGCUGGAGGGACUUUGCGGGUCGCCGUCGAUCGCGAAGUGGCCAAGAAGACUGGCAAGAUCAAGAACCGCCAGUCGACCCAUAGUCCACAUCUGACUGGCAGGAUCGCCAAGGAAGUCUACCAGUCCAUAAUCAAUCCGACAACUGAAGAAACAGAACGGCCUUCAGAGUCACUACAUGGUUCAAUUUCACCUGGCUCUCCCUUUACUGACCAAUGGCCGACCAACUCCGCUGACGAGAACUACGUUCACGACGACUUGCAACCAUUUGAUCCUGCCUCGUCACCAUCAUCUCUGCGAUCCGACACCCCAUUUUAUACUCCUCCUCCCUAUCCUCUGGACGAUCCCAUGGCUGGGGCCAACACGGGGGGAAACACGGCCCCUAGAAAGCAUCCCUGUACGGUGGAUGGUGAGAUGCCAGCGCCCGGUCGUGAGAAAAGACGUCGAAAAAUGCACUUGGGUGAGAAUCUGCAAGCCAUCGGACAGCAAGAGAUAAUCAGGGCUUGUCAUGAGGCUCGCUCUCAUCUUGACACCGCUUUGACAUCAAAGGCUGAAGCAGACUUGGCCCUAGCGUACCUCAACGCCAGAGUAACUGCCAUUCGCGACGUUCAGGAGGUAGUUGACAAACACAUUCGGGAUGAACGGCGGAAGAUCAGCGCGCUGCUUGGUGGGGAUUCUUAUCGCGACAGUGGCAUCAGCAUUGAAGGCGACCCUCCCAGUAAUGGGCUGGAGUCUGCGCUGGAGAGCGGUGCUACCAUUUUCCUCAAUGGCGCGAAGAAGAGCCGUGACUUGGUCGUUGAACUUGGUCAAGGUCUUAACCUGGAGAUCGAUGAAGCCUGCUGUCGUCAACAGAAGGCUGCUGAUGGAGUUCGUGAAGCGCAAGAGAACCUAGAUACGCUUGAUCGCCUUUCCAAAGCAAAAGAGGCUCACGACAGCCAGGUCAAGGCUAAGAGACAUCUUGAAAAGAUGGAAACCUUGGUGCAUGAGGCAAGAGAGCAGUUUGAGGAAGCCGACAGACAACACACAAAGUCGCUUGAAAUGGCAGAAAAUGGAAACUGGAUGGCAUGUGUGGAUGGGCUAAGAAAACUUGGUGGUCAAGAAUAUCUUGAGGAGUGA